AUGGAGCCACGGCACGCAAGCCUGGGGGAUCUCCCCAUGGAGAGCUGGAUGAGUGGCACGCCACCAGACCUGUGGGACGUGCCGCUCCACCAGCUGGCCAUUCCGGGCAGCCAUAAUGCCAUCACUUACUGCCUGGACAGAGACCGCAGAUCCCCCAUAGAUGUAACCCAGCCGGACCUGCUAAAGAAGCUGGACAGAUACAUGAAGCCCCUCGUGCGACACUUCCUCUACAAGUGGGCUGUAACGCAGGACAACUGCGUGUGGCAGCAGCUGAAUUGCGGCGUCCGCUACUGUGAUCUUCGAAUUGGUCGCAAACCCGGCGACGACUCCGGCGACCUCUACUUCUAUCAUGGCCUCUACACCACGCUCACCGUGGAGACGGUGCUGGCGGAGAUCUGUUCGUGGUUGGACGCUCACCCCAAAGAGGUCGUUGUCCUGUCCUUCAGCCACUUCCUGGAUGUCAGCGACCAGCUCCAUAUGCAGCUGCUCUGCAAAAUUAGAAACAUAUUUGCUUCAAAAAUCACACCCAGAAUGAAAACCCCGACCCUCCGUAAGCUGUGGUCGUUGGGCCACCAGGUGAUUGUGUCGUAUGAGCACGCCGCCAUGGCUGCCAGUCACGCUGACCUUUGGCCUUCUAUUCCUUACUGGUGGGCCAACAAGUGCAAGGUGGAGGCCCUCAUUGACGACUUCGAACUCCGGAAAACACGGGGAAGACCGGGCAGAUUUUUCGUGACCGGCAUCAACUUGACAGUGGACUUGAAGUACAUUUGCACGCACCUGAACCAGCGUCUAAAGGACAUGGCGACGUCGGCCGAACCCGCUCUGCUGGCGUGGCUUGAGCGACAGUCGCCCGGCGACCGGGCGAGCUCCAUCAACAUCGUAGCGGGCGACUUUGCCGCCGAUGGCCGCUUUACGCGGACUGUUGUGGCUCUCAACGACAAACUGCUACACUUUACUCAACCCUCAAAUGUAUGA